AUCUCUUCCACCAUCAAUCUUAUGGCCACACCUAAUCAUUCAUUUUCUCUCUCAAACAAUUAUCAGACCAAGCAUGACCCUCUUUUUGUUUCCUAGCUUUUGGAACAGAAUCUCUCUCUCUUUAUGUCUUUCUUUCUCUUUUAACUUCAACCCACCAUUUCUACUCUCUCUUUCCUUCAUCAUCCUCUAUAACUUCCAUCUUCUCUUUCUCUCUCUCACACACACAGUAGCUAACUAGGGUUACAACUUACCAUGGACAAAACAACGUCCAACCAGCAUCAAGAACAGAUGAUCAUGAAAUGCCCUAGAUGUGAUUCGUCCAACACAAAAUUCUGUUACUACAACAACUAUAGUCUCUCUCAGCCGCGACACUUCUGCAAGGCCUGCAAACGAUACUGGACCAGAGGGGGUACCUUGAGAAAUGUCCCAGUCGGAGGCGGUUGCAGAAAGAACAAGAAAUUCAAGAAACCGACAACAACAAAAACAACAACCUCGUCCUCUGCUAACAUGGAAGAAAUUGUUUCUGUUACAAACCCUAAUAGUAUGACGCAAACCCAUAUGGACGUACCCACAAAUAAUACCGUGCUUUACGGUUUACCGACUCAUCGUACCGAUCUAGGGUUUGGCCGAUUAGGGUUUUCCUCGGGGUUGUUUAAUGAUUCAGAUUCUAAUAUUCUUUCAAGCUAUAAUAAUAGUUCUACUAAUUCUCUGUUGACUUCAGCAUCUCCGAGAAUGGUUUCUGAUCUCAUGUCUUGUCCAAACAACACAGGAGAAUCUUAUGGUUUUCAGAGACCUUAUCUUAUUGAAGGGCUGCAAAUCGAAACAACAACAACUAUGGCUUCGAAAGAAGAUAAAGUUGAUCCAAACAAAUUGGAUUUAUGGAAUGAACUUGUCCCUUCGUAUUGCCAAAAUCAGAUGGGACAGAUCAACCCAUCCAUUCAACACCACCCAUCUUCUCUCUAUUGGAAUCCACAAAUGACUUGGCUCGAUCCUUCCAUUGUUGACUUCUCUAGUAACUAAAAGACAAUAGCGACGCCUCUUCUUUUUCUUGUAAAGAGGAAGGGUUGCGGCGGUUUAGAGGAGCCUCGGAUCCGGGCGAUCAUGUCGGGUGCAAAAGAAACGGUAGAAUAGUACAUAUUUAUAAGUCAUUAUAAUUAAGAAUUCUCUUUGCUCUGAGAGGAACCUCGGAUCCCAUUUCAUCUCUUUUAGUUAAUUACUUAAACCCCAUUUUAAUGUUUCGUACGUUUGUAAACUUAUAAGGUGAGGGCUUGGUCAUGUGUUUUGAUCAUUGACUAAGACUUGUACUUCACGUAGAGGUUUGUCUUUGUGUUUUUUUCUUUCUUUUUUUUGAAGGCGGGUAUAUAUACUGGUGGGUAUAGGAAUCUAGAUCUCGUCGCCAAAACUUAUCUCUGCCACAUCAAUAUUAAAAUGUACGUCGGCGAACAAUUCUAUUUGAUCCAGUGGACGAAUGUAGAAUGGAGAGCACCGGUUGUAUUGAUUUAAAACAAACCAACAAUAUUAGUAGUUUGUUUGUGGGGGUGAAUAAAACGUUUGUUCGUAUGUAUUUUUACUUAUGUUAUUAUAAUAUAUGUUUCUUCUCAA